UUAUAGUGAAUACCUUAUAAACAUACAUAUCAAGUUAGUAAAUCUAAAUUAUAUCGGUCCCUCGCGGUAAAAAACUAUUUUUAUUUAUGAGGCGAACAUCUAUAUAAGCAUUUGAAGAGUUAUAAUCGUAAGAUUCUGUAUACUGCCUAAAUUACAAGGUAGUUACGAAGCGAAAAAUUCAAUAAAAUCAGACGCUCCAUGCCCAUUCAAAAAUCUUCGCUCUACGGCGAGGUAUUUUUACACACCCAUCAAAGGCAACCUACCCCCGCUUCUACACUCCAUCGAAGCCAUAAAACGAGGCGAGCAAAAAAAUUGGUCUGGUUCAGUAAACAUACUUUAAUUUUUAAUAAUGGCUGAGUUAUCUACUUUACUUCAUCAAGAGGUUCCGGAAGGAAGAAACAAUCUUGCUGAUAGUCAUUCAAAUCUUGAACGUGUUGCUGAUUAUUGUGAAGCAAAUUACUUUCAAUCUGAAAAUAAACGAUAUGCUUUAGACGAAACGAAAAAUUACACAACACAGUCCUUAGCAAGCGUCGCCUACCAAAUUAAUACGUUAGCAUACAAUUUUUUGCAAUUGCUUGACUUACAAUCUUCUCAGUUAUCAGAAAUGGAAAGUCAAAUGAAUCAUAUUUCACAAACGGUAAUGAUUCAUAAAGAAAAAGUAGCAAGAAGAGAAAUUGGUGUACUCACAGCUAACAAAAUGACGUCUAGGCAGUAUAAAAUAAUUGCUCCCGCAAAUCCCGAAAAACCGAUUAAAUAUAUCAGAAAAAAUAUUGAUUAUACUAUUUUUGAUGACGUUGGCCAUGGUAUAAGAGCUGCAGGAACUCCUAGAACGAAGCAACGUGGUGGAAGUCAAAGCAGUGUUCAAAGUUUAGGAGCAUCAUCUACAGGUUCUGGCUUAGCGUCAGUUGCGGUAGGUCCAGCUCCAACAACAAAACCACCAACGCCACCACAAACUGGAAGAACAGGAACAUUGAGUAAGGGAUCCAAAGAGUAUAGAACACCUCCCGCUGUUGCACCUCCUCAAGUCCCGAGUCAUUAUGCUCCAAAUUAUCCUCUGGGUCAUCCAAGAAGAGAAAGGGGACCUGGAUAUAGUACUUUACCAUUACAUGUUCACUCAACACAGCAUAAUAACAAUUUAAAUAGUGCAUCGCCGGCUACACCUCAGAUCGGAACAGUUCAUCCACUACAAAAUUAUGGACAAACAUCUAUAUCAGGAUCGCCGAAUCUAAAUGUAAUGUCAUCGGGGAUUACUUACAAUCAAGAACAUAACACUAACAUGCCACCUCCUCCAUCUCCAUUAACUACUUCUACUUCAGAAGUUAUGGAUUACAGUAUACAUGGCACUCUUUCUCAUAGACAUUCAAAUGCUAUAAAUCGCAACGGAGGUAGUAGUCCACCAUUACCUCCUCCGCCGCCUCCGGAUCAAGAUGAACUUUCUCAAUUCGGAAGAUUAGUUUCAUGUUCUGGAACAAUAAAACCUAUAGUGCCAGAAGAAGAGGAUCUUCCAGGAUGGGUUCCAAAAAAUUAUAUAGAAAAAGUGGUUGCCAUUUAUGAUUAUUAUGCAGAUAAAGAAGAUGAGUUAAGUUUUCAAGAAAGUUCGGUCAUUUACGUUUUAAAGAAGAAUGAUGACGGAUGGUGGGAAGGCGUAAUGGAUGGCAUAACAGGAUUGUUCCCUGGAAAUUAUGUCGAACACUGUGUUUAAAAUGAUUUUAUAAUAAUGGAUCUGAUUAUUCCUAUCCUAAGAUUUAUUGUAUUACCAGAUUACAUUUUCAAAUAAUAUAGAUGUAGUCACAUACUGAUAUUUACUAUUAGUUAUCUUAAGUGCACAUCGAUGCAAUCGACAGUAAACAUGACUUUUAUUUCCA